AUGAAUACUUCUGUUCAUACUGCGGAAACAAAUGUCUCAGAAUCGGAAUCUCUCAUCUUCGUACCGGACAACAGUACUUCUCUUUCACUAGUACUAGGGUCCCGCUCCGUAGCUACCUCCGCUACCAUGUUCGUGGUGGGAGUAUUGGGAAACCUCGUCGCUAUCGUGGUGCUCAGCAUCUCCAAGAAGGAACAAAAAGAAACAACCUUCUACACGCUGGUUUGUGGAAUGGCAAUAACGGACCUACUGGGGACUUGCUUCACUAGCCCGGUAGUUAUUGCUACGUACGUAAGGAAUAGAUGGCCCGGCGGGGAACCACUGUGCCACUUCUUCUCGUUUUCAAUGCUCUUCUUCGGGUCUGCUGGGAUGUCAAUAUUAUGUGCUAUGGCAGUAGAACGGUACCUUGCCAUUAACCACGCUUACUUUUACUCGCAAUAUGUGGACCGGACGAUGGGCAGGCUGGCGCUUAUGGCCACAUAUUUGGUCAAUAUUGUACUGUGUGUAAUGCCAAGCUUCGGAUUCGGGGAACACGUCAAACACUCGCCGGGAACUUGGUGUUUUCUGGACUGGCGGGCGAUGACACCCCUUGCCGCUUCAUACACAUUUUUGUACGGAGGAUUCAUGCUGGUGUUGAUAGCGGUGUCUGUCUUAUGCAACUUCGCCGUGUGUAGAUCUUUGGUGCGAAUGAACCAGCGGACCCGGCUCGUGAAAGCAGAGGCAUUCGGAAAACAAGGGGGAUCGAGGCGAAGGUUUCCAAAGAUUCCAUCAGUCACAGCCGCAGAAAUGCAGAUGUUUUGGCUGUUGCUCCUAAUGACAACUGUAUUCUUGGCGUGUUCCAUUCCUUUAGUGGUGCGGAUCUUUGCAAAUCAGAUAUUCGGCCCUGCCCAGUUAUCAUCUGGAGGAAAAGUGGACUACCGCAAGGAUCUUCUAGCAAUACGCUUCGCCUCCUUUAACCCCAUCCUGGAUCCAUGGGUUUACAUUCUGUGCCGGAAGAACCUCCUCAUUAAGGGUUGCGAAAGAUUCAAAAUGACAAUCGGGGCAGAAAGGGACAGAAACAGGCGUAAAGUCGGCUGGGUAAGUGGCACACAAACGCCCCCUUCAGGUGCAAACAGCAACACCACCAGUUACGCAUCCAUAGCAACGGGAAACUAUGGACAGGACGCGGGAAAACCGAUAAUCUCCAGGACUAAAUCGUUUACCGAUUUCACCUUACAGCAGCACUGGGACUUCCAUACUGCACAACCAAGCUUUCAUCCUUUCAGUGUCGAACAGACGGCCGAUUGUGGUUCUGUGAAACUGCUGCCCCCUGCCCGGCGCACUGCUCACUCUGGUGCACUGGGGCCCCUGCACGUCAAGGCCAGGGGAGCACCUCACGUCACGGCAGAGUGGAAACGCACAGCCGCCUCGCCCGUUAGCCCGUUAGCCUAG